CGUGGCGAUAUUUUGGUUAAGUGAGAGCGAGCAAGAUAGAGAGUUUUUACUGUGCAUCCGUGAGAACGAGGAAAAGUGAUUUCAAUUUCUUUCUCUGUCUUCUACCUGAGCACAAGCGCAUGCCUGCACAGCCGUGAGAAAGCUUGCAAGGCCAGGCUUCGCAUGAGGCAUUGCUAGGUCGGCAAGAUGCUGAAAUUAAACUUUUGGAAACCAUGAAAAGAUGUCUCACCACUAAAGUCAAGUCCGAUCGAGAGUAUGCUUCUAGUAUUUCAUCUUUGAGUGCUCAAGGCAAAAAGUUUGAGCGUACUGAAGACUUGAUUGGAAGCCUCAUAGCUCAAAGUUGGAGAGAUAUAAUGGAGUCAAUAGAUCAAACUGCCAAAUUAGUCAAGCAACAAGCUGAUUCCAUGGAGAACAUUGUUAUAGAACACAUUACUUCUCUUCAUAGUGAGAGAAGAAGAGCUAGAAAAUUGUAUCAAGAAGAACAUGUCUGGUUGAAUAAUCAAUUUCAACAGCUUACAGAUGAAGUAACUAGAAAAAAAGCAGAAUAUCAAAAGAACUUAGAAAUGUAUAAACAAAUGAGAUCUCGAUUCGAAGAACAUUAUGUAAAGUCUGGUAGAGGUGGAAGAAAAUUGGAUGAAGUGAGAGAGAAAUAUCAAAAAGCAUGUCGCAAACUGCAUCUGACACAUAACGAAUAUGUUUUAUUACUGGGUGCAGUCACUGAAUGUGAAAAUGACUUGAGAAUUAAUUACCUACCAAGUCUUCUUCAAAGACAACAAACCAUCCAUCAAGAAUUUAUCAUUGCAUGGAAAGGUUUAUUGCAGGAUAUAGUAAAGUAUGCUGACUUUACAAACGAGAAAUUUUUAGAAAUUCAUGCUAGAAUGCAAAAGGCUGUUGACACUGUAAGACCUGCAGAGGAAUACAAGGAUUUCAUAGGAAAACAUAAGACAAGAUCUGCAUCUCCUAUCAAAUUUGUUUUUGAUGAAAGUCUUGUAGAUGAUACGUCUGGAAAAUUACUUCCUAAUAAGUUAACUGUGGAUAAUUUAACCAUAGAUUGGCUGAGAAAUCGAUUAACAGAAUUGGAGUCAUCGUUAAAAGCUACACAACUAAAUCGGCAAACUCCACAAUUAAAUACGGAAAACAAUUAUGAUACAAAUAAAUUAACGUCAGACUAUUCGCAAGAGCGCGAGGAACUUAGAUUACGUUGUCAAGAUAGAAAACUGCAGAGACAAGUAGAUGUAAUUAGAGGUGCUUUAAAUGAACUCGGCUGUGAAGAGUUACCUUCUGGGUGUGACCUGUCUAUGGAAGGUUCUUUUACUGAGCCAAUAAACAAGAAAAAUACUAUAACAGAUACUGGUUUAUAUACUCUAAGAAGAAAUCAAAAGAAAUUAAUGUCAAUUGUGAAAUCUCCCUUUAAAUCUUUGCCAACAGUGAAUAAUGAAAAAAACAAUCGCGUUAGAGCUGGUAGUGAAGGUUCUAGAACUAUCGAUUCCCCGCCAAUAGUACCCCAACGUGGCAUUUCUAGUAUUAGUAAUCAAAAAGGAAAUGGAAAUGGUGGUCUUAUGGAGGAAGAAUGGUUUCAUGGCGUUUUACCUCGAGAAGAAGUCGUGAGACUAUUAGUUAAUAAAGGCGAUUUUUUGGUGCGCGAAACCACACGAAAUGACGAGUGCCAAAUUGUUUUAUCUGUAUGUUGGGAUGGCCAUAAGCAUUUUAUCGUUCAAACAACUCCAGAGGGACAUUAUCGAUUUGAGGGACCGACGUUUCCUUCGAUUCAAGAGCUUAUAAUGCAUCAAUUAAAGUCAGCUCUCCCGGUAACUAGUCGAUCAGGAGCUAUAUUAAAAACUCCGAUUUUGAGAGAACGGUGGGAGCUUAGCAAUGAUGAUGUUAUAUUGAUAGAAAAAAUUGGUCGAGGUAACUUCGGAGAUGUUUAUAGAGCAUUGUUGAAAUCUAGUAAGACUGAAGUAGCUGUUAAAACUUGUAAAGUAACAUUACCUGACGAACAAAAGAAAAAGUUUCUUCAAGAGGGUAGGAUACUGAAACAGUACGACCAUCCGAAUAUCGUCAAACUUAUAGGAAUUUGUGUACAAAAGCAACCAAUCAUGAUUGUUAUGGAAUUAGUGCCUGGAGGAUCUUUGUUGAUGUAUUUGCGACAAAAUUUAACAACUAUUAAUCAAAUUCAGCAGCUCCAAAUGUGCAAAGAUGCAGCGGCGGGCAUGUGCUAUUUAGAAUCCAAAUCCUGCAUUCAUAGAGAUCUCGCUGCUCGUAAUUGUUUAGUUGGAUACGAGUCAAUAGUAAAGAUCUCAGAUUUUGGUAUGUCUAGAGAAGAAGAAGAAUAUAUUGUGUCAGAUGGCAUGAAACAAAUUCCUAUCAAGUGGACCGCUCCAGAAGCUCUUAAUUUUGGAAAAUAUACUUCUUUGUGUGAUGUUUGGAGUUACGGUGUUUUAAUGUGGGAGAUUUUUUCAAAAGGAGGAUAUCCUUAUAGUGGAUUAUCAAACUCUCAAGCUCGCGAAAAAAUAGAUGGAGGUUAUCGGUUGCCUGCUCCAGAAGGUACACCCGACGAAAUUUAUCACCUCAUGCUACGUUGUUGGGAAUACGAACCAGAUAAAAGACCACAUUUUGAUCAGAUAUACUCUGUUAUCGAUACCUUGCAGCAAGCUUACAAGCUAUCACAAACUUGAAAUCACUCGAUAUACAGUAUUUGAUUUUUACGACAUUGAAUUUUUACGACAAAAUUUUGAGGUGUAUUAUUUUUUAAGAAAAACUAGUUAAAUUAAUGAGCAUAUUUGCUGUGCAUUUAGGAAGUGUUUUUUUUAACUACACGCAGUUGUACGAGUCACAGUGUUUUUAUGUAAUUUUUUUUUUACUGUGACAGUAUUUCCAAUCGUAAUCGUGCAAUAAUUGAAGCCUAUGCAUUAUUGAAGAUAUGUAAAUUAUGAUAUGUUGCUUGUAAGUAACGUGCUAUUAAAGUGAAGUAUUACGAUAAAUUUAGGAAUCAUUACUGCUGUUUUUAACAAUUUAAAGUAUUCUAUGAAAAUGUUUAAAAUAUUUUUAUGACAUUCUGUAUUUAUAUUGAACUUUUAUU